AUGACGUCAUACUUUAGAAAGUACGAGAGAUGCAGUAGACUACUGACAGUGGCCGGAUGUCUUUCGAACGAUUGUCCGAGACUUCCAUCUGGUCGCAAGUGUGUACCGCUGAAGAUAUCGAUGUGCUUAGAUGUGCCGUAUAACACCACUGUCUAUCCGAAUUUGCUAAAUCAUCAGACUCAGGACGACGCCGAGAUUGCCAUCAAUCAAUUCCAUCCGCUCGUCAAGGUCAAAUGCUCGGAAGACAUCAAACUCUUCUUAUGUACAGUGUAUGCACCAGUAUGUACUCCAUUAGAAGAACCUAUACAACCAUGUCGCGAUCUUUGUCUAUCGGCAAAAAAUGGGUGCGAGAGCCUAAUGAUCAAAUUUGGAUUCCGAUGGCCCGAGCAGUUAGAGUGCAGGCAUUUCCCAACUGAAGGGAUAUGUGUUGGACAGAAUAGAACAGGCAGUACACCAUCUCCAAGCAGGUCAUAUUCGCUAACUAACAAUUUGGAAUGCCCACUUACAAUGACAGCAUCUGUACGGUCGCACUUUGCCCUUCCACUGUCCAGUGGAACACUUGAAGAUUGUAGUUUACCAUGUACAGCAGAUAAUCAGGUGCCGGUGUUCUUCGACAAGCGCCAUCGUCGCUAUCUUCGAUUCUGGACCGGAGGAUGGGCUGUAGCAUGUUGUGUCUGUGCUCUCUUCACCAUCAUUACGUUUCUGAUUGACCUCGCACGCUUUGCCUAUCCUGUUCGCCCAAUUUUAUACAUGGCAGUAUGUUAUCUAGUGAUAUCUGUCGUGUACAUGAUUGGAGUCGUAGGUGAAGACAGUUUCGCGUGCGGUCCAUACGGUGAAACCCCGCAACUGCUUGUAGCACAAGGUGGCGAAGGAACUGCCUGUAGUGCACUGGCUGUAGCUCAUUAUUAUUUCACCAUUGCAAGUAGCGUUUGGUGGGUAGUGUUGUGCUUGGCAUGGUUCCUGGCCGCGAAUCGUAAAUGGGGUGCUGAGUCCAUAGCAGGACUAGCACCGUACCUCCAUGCUGUUUCUUGGGGAGCACCGGCACUUCUAUCGGUUAUAGUGCUUGUGACGAAUUCAAUCGAUGGUGAUGUUUUCACCGGUAUUUGCUCGGUUGGUAACCUUCAACCAAAUAUGCUACUAUAUUAUCUAUUUUUACCACUGAUUCUUGGGUUGUUUCUCCUCGCUUGUGGAAUUUGUUCCAUGAUGCGAAUUCGAACAUAUAUUAAGCUGCAACAUGCUGAUGUUGACAAGAAUAUUCGAAAAUUGGAAAAGUUGAUGUUUAGAGUGAGUGGUUUUGCUGUAAUGUAUGUUUUACCAACUGCUGCAAGUGCUGCUGUGCUUUGCUACCAGGCAUUGCAAAUGCCCUUAUGGCUGGAUACACUCUACACGCUACGUUGCCUCCAUCCAGAUCGUGUAAAAUUUGGUUUCUCAAUACCCCGGACAGGUUGUGGUCAGCGCAUGGACGUAAUGUCAACAGGACCCGAACUAGUCCUUAUAUUUAUAAAAUACCUGUGUCAACUGAUCGUAGGAAUCACAUGUGCAGUGUGGAUAUGUAGCGCCAAAACAGUGGCAAGUUACCAGAAGGCUUACGUCAGAAUAAUUCUUCGUCGAGCAGCCGUAGCUACAGACGAACAUUAG